GAUUCCCUACCCCCAGCCGUCAUUUUACUGUUAUAUAGUACAUUAGAGUUAUAUCGUAUAUUAGAAGGAAUGCAGGAAGAAAAUAUCUCCCAACAAGGGGGAUGAGUGCCCGUGUGUGGGUGUAGGUGAGAGUUGCAGUGUAGGCUUGGGAAUAUGGAGAGGUUAGGUAUUUUCUGGAGAGUUACAGGGUGUGUGGCUGAGAGGCGUCUACAACAGGACAGCCUCAACUGCUCCUUCCCGAUGUGGGGUUCUGUCUCACCAGGGCAGGUGAGAAUGGGGCAAGAGGGGAGAGUCUCGCCUUUGCGGCUGGAUCCUGAUAUCCCGAUUCUCUACAACCUCUCCAGUCCCCUUCUAAUCUUACACUUUCCCCUGGUUUACAGGAGGGUGUAAGAGAAAGAGACUGACAGAAUCAAGCUUUCCUGGCAGAAACGUCAGCGGAUGAAAAUUGAAUUACAAUGAAAAUAGUAAUAGUACUAACUUCCCGACCCUGGUCAUUAGGUACACGCUCAUCUUAGUUAAUACCACCAGCACUAAUAACAAACGCGAGUCCCGAAGACCCCAACCCCUCUGGCAGCGCGGGGCGCGCAGCCUCCCCUGGCGGCGGCCGGAGAAGUGCACGCAGCACCGAAUUCCUCAGCGCGCACCUCGCGGCUACUACCCGGUCAGCCGCGGGGCCUACGCGGGGCGGGGCCUGCGCGGGGGCGGUGCAGGCGAGGGGGCGGGGCCUGCGCGGGCCCCUCCCCCGCGGGACCGGGCGCGGGAGGGCGCGCGCGAGGCGCUGGUUAAAGAGGCGCGCGGAGGCGGGCGCGGCGCACACUGCCGUGGCUCGCGGAGGACGGCCCACGUGUCUCUCCAGAGUCCGGCCUUGAGUUCCCCCAGCUCCUUUUACCCCCGCAAGCCAGGGCGCCCCCUUGCCCCCCGCUUGGUGUCCGCCCUCCCCCCGCCCCCCCGCCUGCGGGAGCAAAGCUUCGUCCAGUUACCCGCGCUCGGUGGGCCAAUUUGAAGGAGCAACUUUGUCCGGGGAGCGGCGCCGGCGGGUGGGGGGAAUAGGGCACUGCGCAUGCGGAGCUCCAAAUUCAAACAGCUGUUUCCAGAGGCUGGAGGGCGCGUGGACCGGGAGCCGCUGGGGCUAGGGGAGGCUCUCUCCAGGAGGCGGCUGCUCAGGAGCCAUGGUGGACCGGGGCCCACUGCUCACCUCGGCCAUCAUCUUCUACCUGGCCAUCGGGGCAGCGAUCUUCGAGGUGCUCGAGGAGCCGCACUGGAAAGAGGCCAAGAAAAACUACUAUACACAGAAACUGCAUCUGCUCAAGGAGUUCCCGUGCCUGGGCCAGGAGGGCCUGGACAAGAUCUUACAGGUAGUAUCUGAUGCUGCAGGACAGGGCGUGGCCAUUACGGGGAAUCAGACGUUCAACAACUGGAAUUGGCCUAAUGCAAUGAUUUUUGCCGCCACAGUCAUCACUACCAUUGGCUAUGGCAAUGUGGCCCCCAAGACCCCUGCUGGGCGCCUCUUCUGUGUCUUCUAUGGUCUCUUUGGGGUGCCGCUCUGCCUGACGUGGAUCAGUGCCCUGGGCAAGUUCUUCGGGGGACGUGCCAAGAGGCUGGGCCAGUUCCUCACCAAGAGAGGCGUGAGCCUGCGGCAGGCGCAGAUCACAUGCACAGCCAUCUUCAUUGUAUGGGGCGUCCUGGUCCACCUUGUGAUCCCACCCUUCGUGUUCAUGGUGACCGAGGAGUGGGACUACAUCGAGGGCCUCUACUACUCCUUCAUCACCAUCUCCACCAUCGGCUUCGGGGACUUCGUGGCUGGUGUGAACCCCAGCGCCAACUACCACGCCCUGUACCGCUACUUUGUGGAGCUCUGGAUCUACCUGGGGCUGGCCUGGCUUUCCCUCUUCGUCAACUGGAAGGUGAGCAUGUUCGUGGAGGUCCACAAGGCCAUCAAAAAGCGGCGGCGGCGGCGGAAGGAGUCCUUUGAGAGCUCCCCACACCCCAAAAAGGCUCUGCAGAUGACUGGGAGUACGGCGUCCAAGGACGUCAACAUCUUCAGCUUUCUGUCCAAGAAGGAGGAGACCUACAAUGACCUCAUCAAGCAGAUCGGGAAGAAGGCAAUGAAGACGAGCGGGGCUGGGGAGAGGGUCCCAGCACCGGGGCUGGGGCCUCAGGGGGCUGGACUGCCAGCCCUCCCCACUUCCCUGUCCCCUCUGGUGGUUUACUCCAAGAACCGGGUGCCCAGCUUGGAAGAGGUGUCUCAGACGCUGAAGAGCAAAGGCCAUGUGUCGCGGCCCCCCAGCGACGAGGCCGGGGCAGGGGCCCCCAAGGAAGGCUCCCCGACCUCCGAGGUGUUCAUUAACCAGCUGGACCGAAUCAGCGAGGAGGGUGAGCCAUGGGACGCCCAGGACUACCACCCGCUCAUCUUCCAGAACGUCAGCAUCACCUUUGCGGACGAGGAGGCCGGCCUCUCGGAUGAAGAGACAUCCAAGUCCUCCAUAGAGGACAACCUGGCUGGGGAGGAGAGGCCCCAGGAGGGGGCCGAAGCUGAGGUGCCCCUGAACCUGGGCGAGUUCCCCUCGUCGGACGAGUCCACCUUCACCAGCACCGAGUCUGAGCUCUCUGUGCCUUACGAACAGCUUAUGAACGAGUACAGUCCGUCCGACUGCCCCAGGGGCACGUGAGGCGGGGCCGGCUCCCCACCCCACCUCCGAUGGCUUCUGUCCCCCUCAUCCUGGGGCGUCCUACCAUGGCUGGGACCUCCGGCCCCUGGUGGGGGGCAGCCCUGGAACUGGGAGUGGGGGGCCAGGGGCCUUCCUCACCUUCCAUCCCCUCCGGCUAGAUGCUGCGGGUCAAACUCAGCGUGCACCCAGGACAGUGCCUCAGUUCUCUGGCUGAGUGGGCACCCUGGCGGUGGGAGGCGUCUGGCCUGAGCACGGCUGGUGUAUUUGAUGGUUCAGAGACAUGUAUGGGCUGGCAGGUGACCCUCCGGGAGGCCUGCACCUGCAUGGGUCUUCGGACGUCCUUCGGCUGAGCAUGUCACACGGUUCUCUGAGGCUCGGGGCCCCAGCCAUUUGAGUUCACCAGUAUUAAUGAGCUCCUCUGUGCCCAGCACAGAGCUAGCUAUUUCAGAAAGAGAGGAAGCGGGGGGCACUGUGAGCCCUGGGUCCUGCCUUUGCAGGAGGUACAGCAAUGGUAUGGGGGCACUGAGCACUUCAGCUCCUCAGCAAAUAGCAGGGUGCUGUGUGGGGUGCAUGUAUAAGCAUCCCCCAACCCCACCUUAUCUGCCUAUCAGGCCCUACUGCAAAGCUCAGUAGGGAAGAGGCGCCCAGGGGAAGGGAAAGGGGAGAGAUCCUGGGCAGACACUGAAACACUCCUAUCCUAAUACACAGGACCCCGAGCAAGCUCUGAGUUGGCCCGGGGUUCUAGGCCUUCUGGUUCUGCUCAGACCAAGCCACCCGGAGCCCAGUUCCCUGACUCACCCUUUGGCCAGGUGAUGGCAGAUGCAGGCUUUCUCCCUCCCUGAGAACGCUGUGGAAAGAGAGGGUAUCAGUAGCCAGGGAGCUGCAGGAGGAAGCUCGGCUCUGGCGCCUUCUGUCCCCAGCCUCCCCUGUGCCCUGAACAAGGACCUCAUGGCUCCCUGGCCCUCGUGGCCCCCAUGGUGGGGGAGGCCGAGUCCCUCUUGGCUUACACGUGGGAUGGGCCAAAGAUGUGAAUCAGCUCCCUUGCUGCAGCCACGGUUUGGCAUUUGUGUGCGUGGGUGCACAUGUGUGUUUAAGAAAAGACAGGGACACGGGGAGCAAAUGAUAAUGUGAAACUGUAUACAGACUGUUUCUGGUGAGGGGCUGGCAGAGUUCUCGGGGUCUCCGCGAUACGCACCCUUAGGGCUGGCCCUCUCUGCCCUGUAUGUUUUGUUAUUUUUUAAAUAAACUGCUGUUUUGAUAUACCUGGCGUCCAUUGUUGGCUUCAGAGCCAGAGGGGAGAGGAGGCAAAAGAGCAGGCCCCCAAGGAAUGGAUUGUUACGUGUUCGCCCUCCUGCCCCCAGCUCUGCUGGGCCUUUCUUGGUGAGCUCAGCCAGAGUCACGCUGUCAAGAGCCCCCACAUAGAGCGGGGGUGAAGGCACCGAGAAGUGAGUGUGCACGGUUGGGGCGAGGCAUCCCUCACAGGUGACUGACGCCGGCCAGGAGGCGAGUGAUCACCCUCUCUGCCUCUCAGCCCCCUCCCCAGGACUGUGGGGCCGGACCCCACCCCAGCCCCUCCCCCCGACAUGUGAAGACAGUGAUGGGCGUGUGUGUCCACACCUGCAUUCAUCCUGUGACCCAGGGCUAUGCUGGGUUUCCUUGCCCCACCUUGCUGGCGGGUCGCUAGCCGUCCUGGACUCACACACUGUAUGUACAUACUGGCAAUGAUGUCAAAUGUAAUUUAUUUUAACAUUUUUACAAUAAAGCCUUGAAGAUGGACAGGCCAGCCUGGCGUGUGCUGUGUGGGGGCAGUCUGGGAGAAUUGGGGGUAGGGAGAACGGACGACGGUGCGAGGGUCACAGUGAGGAUUGGUCCAGAAGGGAAAGAAAAAAAAAAAAAAGAGGCGAGGAGGUGGGGGAGGGGCCAGCUAGUUAAGAUGAGGUGGUCAGGAUGGGCUUCUUGGGGCAGGUGACAGCUAACCAGUCUAAAUGCGGAUGGGGAGGAGCCUUGCAGGAAGGAUCCUAGAACCGGGAAGGAGUCAGAAGCCAGGGGAGAGUGAUGGGUUGGGGGUGGGUUGGGGGUAGUGGUGGGGAUCAUGCAAACUGUCCGCAGUCUGCUUUAUGCUCAUGCUCCACAAAUGAGCUCCUUUGAUCUUGCAACAGAGCCAUGCGGUAGGUGUACGUGCCCAUUUUACAGGCCAGGAAAUAAGGCUCGGAGAAGUGACGGGCAAGAGCUCAAGAGACAGCCUGGAUUCAAACUCACGCAGCCACACUCCUGCAUCUGUCCCCAGCCACUGGGAUGGGAGGAGGAAGUGAGCCUGUGCUUUGUGGCCACUGACAUCCCCUGGAAGGGCUCCUGUCUUGGAAGGUGGGCCAGAGAAUAACUCGACGAUGGACCAGGCUUGAGUUGGAGGGGUGGACCCUGGGGACCAGAAAGAAUGUGAACGAAGGACUGACCAGGCUCAGCUGGACAUGUCUGCAUUCAUUUAAAGGGAGGUUCGGCCAGGCUUCGUUGUCUCAACUG